AUGCAAAAAUGGAAAACUGUUUAAAAAAAUAUUGUUUUUUUAUUAAAUUUAAGAAUGAGUAAUAAAGAUAGUCAUAGUGGGAUGUAUAUUUAAUCAUCUAAUGAUUUGGCAAAUGAUGAAGAUUAAUUUAUACCUAAAGAUAAUGAUUAAAGUGGGGACAUUAAAUAGGAAUUCUAAAGAGCACAAACUCAAAGUUAAUUGUCAUCUGCUGAAUAAAUAGAGGAUAUUCCAGUACCUAGAUUAACACUAUUUGUGUAUAGAUUAGCAUGAUUUGAAUAGUUCAUAAAUGUCUAUAGAUGAUUGCCAAUAAAAUAAGAAACAAAUGUCAAUAGAAUCAAUGAGUCCAAUUAAAUAUUCACCUUAAAAGAAAUAGGAAAUGAAAGUUGAAUAAAGUGUAGAAGAUAUAAAAUAGUUGGAAAUAUAGGAAGUAUAAACUAUUUAAUAGAUUCAAACAAGAAGAAAGACAAAUAAAACAAAUUAUAAUGUUGAUGAUUCUCCUAUAGAAUAAGAUGAAAUGAAACCUUGUCAUUGUACAAAAACUCAUUGUUUAUAAUUAUAUUGUUCUUGUUUUCAUAAUAGACGUCAAUGUAUGAGUGAAUGUAAAUGCAACGACUGUUAUAAUGAUGGAAAACAUGAAGAAGAUGUAUUAAAAGCAGUUGAAUAAAUUAAAAUAAAAGAAUAAAGAGCAUCACAUCAUGAUUUAGAUUCUUUUGAUACAAAAUAAGUAUGGGGUUGUAAAUGCAAAAAAACUAAAUGUGUAAAAGGUUAUUGUGAAUGUUUUAUUAGGGGAAAAAAGUGUACAUCUCAUUGUUAAUGUACAGAAUGUGAAAAUAGAAGAUAACCUUAAAAGAAAUAAAAAAAUAAUUAAUAAAAUACACAAAUAAAUAAAAAGAUAAAGAAAAAAUCUUAAGUUUGA